AUCCUUGGUAAAAUUUUCUAUUCUGGUCGCCCGGACAACCUAAAUAUUCUAUUUAAGUCGUGCGUAGUAGUGGUCAUGGGAAGCCGACGUGGUGGACGAUGUUCCACGUGUCAUGCCACGUGGACGGAUAGAGAUAAGGAACUCACAGAGCUUGGAAAGAGGACAGACAGAUUAAUCAAUCAAUUUAGACUUCGAUGGAUAAAAUCUUACUUGGAAAGCUGAAAUGGCUUCCGUUUCCGUCUCCGAUUCCUUCUCGCGGAACUCUUCUUCCCUUCACUUUCCUUCUUCUUCGUCAGGACUUCAGAGAUUUACGAGACAGAAAUCCUCCUCACAGCUCCGAAUCAGGUGUUCCGGUAUUGAUGAUAGAUCUACAAUCCAGGGAAGCUUAUUCCCGUUCCAGAAUCUAAAGAAUGUCGCAUGUAGCUUGUUUGCUGUUUGGGCUGUGAAUGCUGCCUCACCUGCUAUCGCUGCCAAUCAGAGGCUGCCACCAUUGUCAACAGAACCAAACCGCUGUGAACGUGCAUUUGUUGGAAACACCAUUGGUCAAGCUAAUGGUGUCUAUGAUAAACCAAUUGAUCUCAGGUUCUGUGAUUACUCAAAUGAUAAAUCGAAUCUGAAAGGAAAGUCACUUGCAGCAGCUCUAAUGUCAGAUGCUAAGUUUGAUGGUGCAGAUAUGUCUGAGGUGGUGAUGUCAAAAGCUUAUGCUGUUGGAGCAAGUUUUAAAGGUGUGGACUUCUCAAAUGCAGUUUUGGACCGGGUUAAUUUUGAGAAAGCCAAUCUAAAAGGAGCUGUCUUUAAGAACAGUGUAUUGUCAGGCUCCACCUUUGGUGAAGCUCAACUGGAGGAUGCUGUGUUUGAGGACACCAUUAUUGGCUAUAUCGAUCUUCAGAAGUUAUGUACAAAUGCAACCAUCAAUGAUGAAGGAAGAGCGGUAUUGGGAUGUCGGUAGCCUUUCAUGUCAUCUCAUCCACUUAUUCCCCCAAGAUCAUUGGACUUCUUUCAAUCAAGUUAGUAUUUGCAGGAUCCAUGCUUGAUUUGGUCAAUUAAUACCCAAAUGACAGAUUAAGUGAUAUACUAUUGAGGCAAUAUGCAUGUUCUUUAUUGCUUCGGCUCCUGAAAACAAAAUUUUGUUCCUUUCUACCUCUUACCAAUGUACGCAGUUAAUUUUACCCAAUAUAGAAUUACAUAUUUUAGUGAUUA